AUGGACAUGUUGGACGUAGAAGACGACAGCUUUCACGUCACACGUGAAAGCUACUCCCAUCUGAGUGACUCAGCAUGGGAGACAGUCGGCCACAUGGGUGUGCUCAUGGACGAACCCGCCAUCAGUGGUAUGUUAGAGUCUCUAAGCAGAGACCAGCAACAUGCUGCUAUCAACAAGUUCCUACAAGGGGAACUUGCCGUCGAACGACAGAAGAUAGCCUUUUUACAGAAGCAAGGCUCUCAUCAGUCGAUGGGCGGACCGACGCACAUGCGUCGACCCGAAACCUUGAGGAUUGACAGGUUACCUUUUGAGAUGGUUCGUUGA